GAUUUCGAGCACCAGAGGUUGCCAGAGGAAAUGUUAUUUACAAUCAGCAAGCUGAUGUUUAUUCAUUUGGCUUGCUCCUUUAUGACAUUUUAACAGGAGGAGGUAGAAUAAUGGAAGGCUUGAAGUUUCCAAAUGAAUUUGAUGAAUUAGCAAUACAGGGAAAGUUACCAGAUCCUGUCAAAGAAUAUGGGUGUGCCCCCUGGCCUGAAGUUGAAAAUUUAAUUAAAAAGUGUUUGAAGGAAAACCCUCAGGAACGACCAACAUCUUCCCAGGUUUAUGAGAUCUUGAAUUCUGCAGAGCUUAUCUGUUUGAUGAGGUACAUUUCAAUACCCAGCACGUCCACAGCAGAGUGCAUGGUAGCUGCUAAUCAAAGCUGCAAGAAGGCAGGAGUCUGGAUAGGCAAUGGGAACACAGAAAAAGCACAGCUUUCGUUUGUUAACCUAAAUACAGAUGGACAUACUUGUGAGGAUAUUGCAGAUAGUAAAAUUUUAAGUUUGGCCUUAGUGACCCUUCCUACUGAGAAAGAAAACUGGAUUGUAGCAGGAACGCAGUCUGGUUCUCUGUGGGCACUUAACACAGAGGAUGAAACAAGAAGGCAUCGUCUGCAGAAAAUGUCAGAUUCUAUCACUUGUUUAUACUCUAAUUCUCUCUCAAAGCAAAGCAAACAGAAGAAUUUCUUCUUGGCAGGCACAGCUGAUGGCAAACUGGCGGUUUUUGAAGACAGAGCAGUAAAGUGUAAGGGUGCUACACCUCUGAAGAUACUAACUAUAGGAAAUAUUAGCACACCACUGAUGUGCUUAAAUGAAUCCUCCUACUUAUCUGAAAAAAAUAUAAUCUGGGGAGGCUGUGGAACAAAGAUCAUUGCCUUGACUACUGAUUUCUCUGUUCAAAAACUCAUUGAAACAAAGACAAGUCAGCUGUUCUGUCAUAAUGCUUAUAGUGAUGCUAAUAUUAUUUCAAUAGCAAUAGACAAAUCCAUCUACUUGGCAAAGAAAAACAGCCAUUUUGUGGAAAUCUGGGACAAGAAGACAGAAAAACUUUCAGAACUAAUUGACUGUGCACAUUUUCUGAAGGGCAAAGUGGAAAAAUUAAAUAAGGAAUCAAAACAUAAACUGGCUUAUUCUGGAAGAGUGAAGACAAUCUGCCUGCAGAAAAAUACUGCACUGUGGAUAGGGACAGGAGGAGGACAUAUCUUGCUGCUUGAUUUAUCAACACGUCGUCCUGUACGAGUUAUAGACAACUUCUGUGAUUCUGUUAGAGUCAUGAUAACAGCUCAGCUAG